AUGCCGACGAACGACCUACAAGGAGAUUAUUAUAAACCUGAGCCCCCCCGAAAGUUGCCAAGUCGGCCGCCUUACUUAACGUUUAGAGCACCUGGUAACAGGAUUUCAGGGAUUCGUGGGAAGCAAAUUCAGGAUGAAAUCGAAAAACAGAAAAAAGAGCAAGAGAAGCUACGGAAGAAUCAAAAGCAGCUAUGGGAGACCUGUCGAGCUGAGUUAGCCAAACUGGAACUCAAGCGCCCAAGAGAACUCAACGAAGUUGCAGAAGGGCUGCUCAGAGCUAUUGAUCAAAAAUCGGAGUCGGGGACAAAGAGAAAAGACAAAUUGAAUAAAAGACUGUCGGUAAUAGAGGAGAAGCUACAAGAGGAUCAUGACACCCUUGAAAUGCGUACCUUGAGUUUAAGACAGUUAAAUCAAGAAUCAGAAGUCUUAGAGCAGAAGUUUGACAGAUCAAAAGAAAGAAUGACAGCAUUUCAAUCGGAACAGGAAAAAAUUAAGGGCGGGAAAGAUAUCUUGAAAAGCUCUAACCGUAACGAAGAAGCUAGUAAGCCGGGGAAGGUCGCCAUACCCAGGAUACAAUACGAAGUCAAGGGUGAGCCAUGGAUCCAAGGAGUCGAGGUCGGGGAAGACGUAAAGGUGAUGAGAUUUUGGGAUGAAAGCGAUGAUGAGAGCGAAGAAAAUGUUGGUAACGGAGAAGAGAGUAGCGAAGAAUAUAGUGACGACGACGAUGAUGACGAAGGUGACGACGACGACGAAUACGAUGAAGAUGAUACUAAAGUUCAUGAGGACGAGGGUGAAGAAAAGGGUCAAGAGACUGGAGAAAAUUGCGACGAUGAGGGUGGGGAGCCUAAGAUGUAUGUGAAUGGGAGUCUCCGAGAGGGAAGGGAAAAGAAGAGUGAGGAGGAAGAGAAGAAAUUUGAUCGAGAGCCGGAGAUUGAGAGGGCAAGGACCCCAACAGAACAGCAAAUUUCAUUCCAAGCCCCAUCACAAAAAGAUCCAAGGCCACUAAACAACCUGCUAGAGCCAAAAGAGUGGGGGCCUCAAGAAAGCAGAGCGACAUCACCAACCCCGCGAGACAAAAGGCACAACGGAGGCUAUAACAUAUUUAUGGACGGGAAAUCAAGAAACGCCAAAUCGAAAAUUUCAAAGAUGCGAAAGUCUCAGGAACAUCUCCAAAACGCAUUGGAAGAAAAGAAGAGAAAGGCUAAAGAAAUAGAAGAAGAAAUUUCUUUGAUAAAGAAAAAAAAGAGUGCAUUAGAGUCGGAGAAGGGGAUGUUAAAGGAGCAGCUAUACAAGCUCGAAAGGGAAAGCAUGAUCAAGAUGGAUGGGACUCGAACAGAAGAUGAAGGACUCGAUAAAGAACGAAAAAAUGAAUUAGAUGAGCAAUACGAACGUAAACAAAAUCUAGACAACCUGCGCGAGCAAGCGACUAAGGUACGCCAACAGGUAACUGCUGAUCAGCAGGCCGGGCACGAGGCUACCGGGGCGUACAUUGACCAUGUUUACAAAGCGGGACGGCUAAAGAAAAUGGAAGAUACUAUUAGGAGAGUAGAAGAACUUGAAGAUGUCUUCACAAGGGUUAUCAACAGCAAAAGAGAGUCGAAGGAGUUACAAGAUAGAGUAACAGUUCUCCAUCGAGAGAAGUCUGUUGAAGAUGAAAUGAGCAAAUCAUCCAAGCAAUCGAGGGGUGUCGCCUCCAAUCAAGCAGGACUAAGCCAUUUAUCGAAAGCCUCCCUUAAAUACCAACCGCUCGAACAAGGUCAAAUUAGACUACUGACAAUAUGGCCCACGCCUCAUCAGCAUUAUCCAUUGAUCUGCUCACUGAGAACCCGUUCUUUAGCGACUGAAUCCACCAGUACGUCAAAGUAUGCAGCCCUCUCAUACUUUUGGGGCCCAGAGCCCCCAGUUGCAUAUCUUUACGUCCGGCAUGACGAUGACAGAGGUUCGCACCCAACAGAAGCUGACUGGGGAUCCACAGCUAGGCAUGCUAGAAGGGUAAGUAUUCGCCCAAAUCUGUUCCGUGCUUUGCUUCGGCUCCGGAAAGAUAAGGACCCCGUAACUCUAUGGGUCGACUUCCUAUGCAUUAAUCAAGAUAAUGCCAUGGAAAAGACAUUACAACUUCGUGAAAUGGUUAAAAUUUAUCGUAUGGCGGAGGAGGUCUAUGUUUGGCUAGGUGAGGCCGAUGAUAGAGGACGGAGUGAUAGGGCCAUGGACUUCAUCGAGACAGUCAAGGAUUUCGCGAUGUUGAGCAUCUACGUAGAGGACACAGAGCGGGCGGACGAAUGGCUCAACAUCUCUGAGUUAAUGAGAGACCGCUGGUUCUCGAGGCGUUGGGUUGUCCAAGAGAUUGCCCUCGCAAAGAAAGCAACAAUCCACUGUGGUUCAAAAAAGGUACACUGGUCGGAUUUCGUCGAUGCCGUUUCCAUUUUAGUUUCGAAUCAAGCCAAUAUCAAGAAACUCUUUAAUCCCAAAGCAUGGAGGGACGGUACUGACACACUUGGAGAUGUUCAAUACUUUGGGGCAAAUAUUCUAAUAGAAGAACUGGGCAGCUUGUUCUGGAGAGCAGAAGACGGCACUAUCAUUAAGCCGAUUAAGACAUUGGAAUCCUUGGUUACAUCCCUCAAAACAUUUGACACCUCCGACGAGCGUGAUCUCAUUUACAGCUUGAUUUUCAUUGCUUCCGACACAUUUAAAAAAACCGGAGGGUACACGGCAGAACUAAUCAACUAUAAAAAAAACACCGCCGACGUAUACAAAGACUUUAUUUCCCUCUGCAUCGAUGGCAAUUCGAACCAUGAAUACCCACUAGACAUCAUCUGCCGCCCUUGGGCGAUGCCCGCAAAAAGUGGAAAUGGGGGUGUCAACCCGAACCUUCCUUCUUGGAUCGCCUUGCUAUCAAACUCAGCAUUCGGUGAGCCCGAGCAGAUAUACAAGGGUCGCAAAAACGGAGAAACGUUUGUUGGGUCUGUUGGCCAGUCUAAAUAUAUGGCGUCGCGCUCAAAGGAGCCUAGCUCUCGAUUCAAAUCUGAGAACGAUGGGAAAUUAAGCCAGUCUCUUUAUAGUGUAAAAAACGAAGAUAAAGACGCUACACAAUGUAAUCCUGAGACCACAUUACCUACCCCUUCCGAACUAUUUCCGUGGUCUCUGGUUGUGCGAGGGUUUAUCUUAGCUACGGUUGAGAAGGUAUCACCGAAAAAUACUGGGGGGCUGAUUCUUCAAGAGUCUUUAAAUAUGGGCGGCUGGAAGGGAAUUGAAGAAAUGGAGGAGGAAGGAAACGUACCCGAUAAGAUAUGGAGAACUUUAGUCGCCAAUAAAGAUACAAGAAGCCUGAUUCCACCGACAUGGUAUCGAAGAGCCUGUCUUCGAUGCCUAGAAAUCGCCGAUAAUUUUAACGGCGGUGACCUAAACGUUGGUCAACUUCUACAGGGCCGUCCAGGCAUGAUGACGACUUACCUUACGAGAGUGCAAAAUGUUGUUUGGAAUAGAAGUUUUUUCACAGCUACCGUCACUAGGAGGCCAGAUUAUACGCUUCCGACCGUCGGCGACCCAAAAGAGGGACAUACUGAAGAGGUGGUUCCAGCACAAGCCGAAAAGCCUGAAAAUAAGACAACAGACGAUAGCCAGGGUGGGAAGAGUGAUAGUAAGCAAUUUAACUUACGGGAAAUAUAUGGGGAUAGUGGAAAGGACAACGCCGAGGAACUGAAAUCGACUGAGCUAUUCGGUCUCUGCCCUGGUGAUGCACGAAGUGAAGAUCUCGUGUGUAUCAUCUACGGUUGCAGUGUACCAGUAAUCUUACGCAUGGUAAUCGCCGGUCCUCUUCAACCUUGGUACCGAAUAGUUGGUGAAGCCUAUGUUCAUGGGAAGAUGGAUGGCGAGGCGAUCGAUAGCUAUGACGCUGGAUGGGCUGUAGGAAACGAACAGGAGUUUCACUUACUCUGA